ACACACACACACACACACACACACAGACGCAAUCAUACUGAGUUCUUAUGUCCCGAGACAGAGUUUCAGUGGGAGUUUAGUCAUACAGCACGCAAGGCAGAAGACGGUCGGUCCCUCAGUCAGCUCUUAUCAACACCUUUGGAGAAGUAAGUCAAAACUCGCAGCCAUGGGGAAAGGAUGCAUCACAGUCACCAAGUACUUCCUAUUUCUCUUCAACCUCCUCUUCUUUAUCUUCGGAGCACUGAUCAUGGGCUUUGGCUUGUGGGUUCUCUUUGAUAACCAGAGCUUCAUUGCUGUUCUACAGGAAUCGUCAGACACUGUGAAAGUGGCUUCCUACAUCCUCAUCGGUGUUGGCUCCUUGUCAAUGGCCAUGGGCUUCUUCGGCUGCAUAGGAGCCAUCUACGAAAUACGUUGUCUGCUGGGUCUGUACUUCACCUGUCUCCUGCUCAUCCUCAUUGCCCAGGUCACUGCUGGAGUUCUCAUUUACUUCCAAAGAGAUCGGCUGAAAUAUGAGAUGUCCAACAUCAUAAAGGGCAUGUUAGUCAACUACACCGGACUCAACAGGACCACAGAGCACACCUGGGACUACAUUCAGAGGACAAUGAAGUGCUGUGGAUGGACUGGUCCGGGCAACUGGACUGAAAACAUUGUGAUCAAGAACAGCUCCCAUAACCUCUACCCAUGUUCCUGUCGCAACGAAUCCCUGCCUGGUUCAGAGAUGAAGUACGUCGGCCUGUGUGAGCACCUGUCCACAGAGCUACCCGUCUACGAAACGGGCUGUAUAACCAGCGUGGAGAAAUGGCUCUUGGACAACUGCGGAGUUAUUCUGGGAAUCUGUGUCGGUGUGGCAGUUGUGGAGCUCCUUGGGAUGAUCCUCUCCAUGUGUCUGUGCAAGAGUGUUGUCCAGGAGGAUUAUACCAAAGUGCCGAAGUACUGAGCUGAAGACAGAGCGAUCUUCACGGCACACACACAUGGAUGGACUCUUUUUCCUCUCUCUCUCUCUCUCUCUCUCUCUCUCUCUCUCUCUCCCUCCUUGUCUCACAUUUUUAUGAACACACACCCGCAAAUUAAGACAGCUGUCUCCACCAUUUGAGCUUCUCCAGCCUCAGCAGCUGUCCAGAUUUCUCACGCCACACACUCAUAAACACACACACACACACCUCUCAAUCAAGCUCGACACGCUUGCUGGACUCGAGUCCGCAAGUUAUUGUUGUCAUAGCAUUUCAGGUUGUGUUUUAAGGGGACGUUCAUGAUGUUUCUGUACUGUUUUUGUGAUGAAAGCCUGAGAUUUUUUUGCUGUUUGAUACUAUGCAAGUGUUCAUUUACGUGUCAUUUUGUUUUUCUUGGCUGACCUCAAUGAAGCGCUUAACAUGGUAGUAGAGAGAGCACUUUAGUGACAUUUUGCGAGCAAAGAGCCGGAGCAUCUUCUGACUCUGGGGCACGGAGAUGAGAGGGAGACGGGAGGGUGUGGGUGGGUGCGUGGUAGGCGCUCUCGACGAUUAAUGCCACUGUAUGCGAUCCCGCUGCUGGUAUUUUUGGUUCCAGAGGGUGGAGGAGAAGCCCAGGGCUGAGCCUGGGCAGGGCUGCUGUGGUGGAGGUUUUGGCUUCUUUCAUCAGCUCCUUGUGCCCAGUAGCCCUUAUAUUAACCUCCGUUUACACCAACCGCCACCGCCUCCUCCUCCCUCCUACGAUCCAUCUGUUAGCAUCUCUAAAUCACGUCUCCUCUCGGGUGUGUCUGACUGGUAACCAGUAGCUCCCAAAAUGACUAGUUUGGCAUGAAGUAACUGUGUGUAUGAUGUGUUGAGUGAGUAUAUUUUCUUUUUGCUCUUUUUUUUUUUUUACCUUCUCAUGUCAUCAUCAUGUCUUGUUUUUUUGGUUUUUUAGGUUUUUUUUUUGUUUUUUUUUUACAACUGUACAUAUGACUUUGGCAAGGGAUUAUGGCACUUUUAGUGCUUAGUCAGUGUUUUAUAUGGGAAAGCUGUCACCCACAUGCUCUUAUUUUAAGAGUCCUAUUGUUCUUCAUUUCCUGUCUGUUGUUUAGGAUGAGCUCGUGGGCACUAUUUAGGUCUGAAUCAGAGAAAUUGGAAAUCUGUCAUCGUUAUUAAAGCUAUAUUUUCAUUUAUUUAGCACAGCAUGAGAUUAUGAACAGACAUCAUAACAUAGCAUCUGAGCCAAACAUCUUUGCUUAACCUCUGAACACCUGCCUUCGUUUUGAAAAAUCAUAGCAUAGCAAUCAUAGCAGUAAGAUAUGAAAACUGCGGCUGUGUGACCACAGUGUAUUGUUUGUUUUCUCAGAAGUCAUUUUGCCAGGUUGUAUUAUAACCAGAGCAGAGAAAAUUGUUAGAGGCAGGAGUGAUUGCAUAUUUCAGAAGCCGCUCUGACCAGAAAAUGACUGUUCAUCAACUCAUGCUAUCUUUGCUAAAAAUGUUUUUACAAAAAUGUCGCUUUGAGUUUCCUCGUUCCACUUCUCCAUCUCAUCAUCUCAGCUCUUCCACUUCACUUCAAACACACUAUUGGAUGGAUGAAUUUAUGUUUAAUUCAGUGGAGAGAUUGCACUUUUAUGUGGUUGGUUAGUUUUUCAUGCCAUCUUGCUUGAGUCAUUUCAAGUUUCUUGUUCAUCAUGCUGCAGUUACACAAGAGGGAGGAAACUGAUCAUUCAACAAAAGCAGUUUUGUCUGUCAGUCAUUACAUUCAGCCUCUCUUUUUUGACCUGCCAAAUUGAAAGAUUAAUUUAAUUGAAUGAGAGAUGAAGGCUUUUUAUUGUAUGUCUAAGGUAUUUUUACACUUUUGCAAAAAAAGAAAAAAAGAUUUUUGUUUAGUAGAAAAAAUAAUUGUGGACCUGUAUGCUAUGUUUAAAAUCAAAUGUUUCUUUAUAUUAUUGAAAACUAUUAAUAAACCUGAACCCACUAGGA